CUUGUUGUCCCUUUUGAGAUACCCAUCCUUUUACUGUGCGAUAUAAACUCAUCAUUUUCUUUCUCCACAACAACAAACACCCGGACACUCAGACAUCUAGAUACCCCCAAACACCACAACAACAACAAAGAUGGCAACACCCCGCACAACCACCGCCCUUGUCAUCCCCGAGCUCAACGGCCAGUUCGAGCUUCAAGAAGUCCAGCUCAACGACAUCCAACCAGAAGAAGUCCUCGUCGAGAUUGAGGCUUCCGGAAUCUGCCACACCGAUCUCUCGUGCGCUAUCGGCUUGCUGCCAUGCAGACCCGGCGCGGUUUUGGGCCAUGAAGGCGCCGGCAAAGUCCUCUCCGUCGGCACCUCCGUCACCCACCUCUCCCCCGGCGACUCCGUCCUCCUCUCCUUCUCCCACUGCGAGUCCUGCGCCCCCUGUCUCUCCGGCCACCCGUCCUACUGCCACUCCUUCAACGUGCGCAACUUUUCCGGCUGCCGUCCCUUGCCCGUCCUCCCCGACGGCUCCGUCGAUUCCUCUUCCCUUUCCCCCGACGGAGUCGACCCAACCGCGGACCCCAGUUUCGCCACUUUCGUAACCAAGGACCCGGGCGGCGGCAAGCCUAUCUUCUCGCAAUUUUUCGGUCAAUCAUCCUUUGCAAGGCACACGCUUGUACACAAAAGUACCUGUGUGAAGGUCCCCCCUGACACAAACCUGGCGCUCUUCGCGCCAAUGGGGUGCGGCAUGCAAACCGGCGCCGGCGCCGUUCUCAACUCGCUGGGCGUCAAGCCAGGGUCAAGCAUCGCCGUGUUUGGGGUGGGCAGUGUGGGCAUGGCGGCCGUCAUGGCUGCUGCGUAUAUUGCCAAAGCCAAGACUAUUAUCGCCGUCGACUUGCAGGAGUCCAGACUCGAACUGGCCAAGAAGCUGGGGGCUACGCAUGGGGUUUUGGCAGGGACUGUGGCAGCAGAUCUGAAGGGGGAGGUGAGGAGGAUUUGUCCGCCUGUGGGCGUGGAUUAUGCGGUUGAUUGCACGGGGAGUGUCGCUGCGAUUAGGACUAUGAUUGAGGUGCUGGGAACGAGGGGGAGGGCGGCGACGGUGGGUGCCCCCGGGUUCGGGAAGGAGGUGAAGGUGGAUGUUAUGGAGCAUUUGACGUAUGGGAAGGAGUAUGUGGGGAGUUGUGAGGGGGAUAGUUUGCCUAGGGAGUUCAUCCCCUUCCUCAUCGAGCAACACGCCAAGGGCAACUUCCCCAUGGAUCAGCUCGUCACUUUCUACGACGUCAAGGACUACAAGCAGGCUUUGGAGGAUUCGCACAAGGGCAAGGCCAUCAAGGCUGUUUUGAAGUGGUCAUAGGGAGGGUGCUACGAGGAAAGCGGCAGUCGGAGAUGGGGCUUGGGUACCUUAUUCAAAGUACGAGCGAUGAGGUUGGACACGAGGAUCCGACAUAUUUUGGGAGGAAGGUAACGGCAUCCGUCGUUGGUGUAUGAUGUACACGAAGUAAACAAGACGCAACUUUUCACCUACUGCCUUCAUCUAUCGAACAAAGCGAGGUCCCUCCCUCCCCG